AAAAAUGGCCGCUCCUUGUAACACAAGUUGUAUUCAGUAUUUAUAACCAAUCUCUAGAUCUAGAAUAUCUAGAUCCAUUUGUUUCAAACACCGUUGUUCAAAUUUCAUUGCAGGAUUUUUUGAUAGGUUGGCCUCUGAUUUUGAUUAGUUAUUUUAACGGUUAGGGUUAGGUACGUAAAAUCGCCCGCGACUACAAUAAUCAAUGUGAAAAACAGAUAUGGCACCAAAGAGAGAGCACUUAAAAAAACUUGCUACAAAAUCUCAAUUCUUUAAAUUACAAAACAAAGCUGAGAUGCUGCAAGAUGCCACACAAUCCAAAACUAUGGAAGAUGAGGUCCCAGUUGAGAGGAAGAAGAUGAAAUUAUCCAGACACACCAAGAUGCAACGUGUUGGAAGAGUUGCGCCUGCUGACAGCACACACACAUUGUCUGGCUUCACUACCCCACACACAAACCAGUUAUCCGCCCCACACGCAGGCCUGUUAUCUGCCCCACACACAAACCAGUUAUCCGCCCCACACGCAGGCCUGUUAUCUGCCCCACACACAAACCAGUUAUCCGCCCCACACGCAGGCCUGUUAUCUGCCCCACACACAAACCAGUUAUCCGCCCCACACGCAGGCCUGUUAUCUGCCCCACACACAAACCAGUUAUCCGCCCCACACGCAGGCCUGUUAUCUGCCCCACACACAAACCAGUUAUCCGCCCCACACGCAGGCCUGUUAUCUGCCCCACACACAAGUGAUUGUGCGAUAUACAACCUUCCAAUCUAUUCUGGCCAUUUGCUAAAUGACACUCUACCAUCCACAUCUUCUACAUCUCACACUCUACCAUCCACAUCUUCUAUAUCUCACACUCUACCAUCCACAUCUUCUAUAUCCCACACUCUACCAUCCACAUCUUCUAUAUCUCACUAUCUACCAUCCACAUCUUCUAUAUCUGACACUCUACCAUCCGCAUCUUCUAUAUCCCACACUCUACCAUCCACAUCUUCUAUAUCUCACACUCUACCAUCCACAUCUUCUAUAUCUCACACUCUACCAUCCACAUCUUCUAUAUCACACACUCUACCAUCCACAUCUUCUACAUCUCACACUCUACCAUCCACAUCUUCUAUAUCCCACACUCUACCAUCCACAUCUUCUAUAUCUCACACUCUACCAUCCACAUCUUCUAUAUCUCACACUCUACCAUCCACAUCUUCUAUAUCUCACACUCUACCAUCCACAUCUUCUAUAUCUCACACUCUACCAUCCACAUCUUCUACAUCUCACACUCUACCAUCCACAUCUUCUACAUCUCACACUCUACCAUCCACAUCUUCUACAUCUCACACUCUACCAUCCACAUCUUCUACAUCCCACACUCUACCAUCCACAUCUUCUAUAUCUGACACUCUACCAUCCACAUAUACUCCAUUAGAGCAGCAAUUUUUAGCCAUAAAAAGAGAAAAUCCCAGCACAGUUCUAUUUGUAGAAUGUGGCUACAAGUACAGAUUUUUUGGGACUGAUGCCCAGAUUGCAGCCGAUGUGUUGAAGAUUUUCUGUAACUCAAGUAAAAAACUUCUGACUGCAAGUAUUCCAGUCCAUCGUUUACAGGCCCAUAUCAACAGGAUGGUAGAUGCUGGCUAUAAGGUUGGGAUAGUGCGGCAAACAGAAAGUAUUUAUUCUAAAGAAGAUAGUAAACCUUUCGCUCGUCAGUUAGUUGCACUCUACACUAGGUCUACCAUGAUUGGUGAAGAUAUCCUUUCCUUAUUUUAAACUUAUACAAUAGGUCUA